AAUUGCAAUCCAUAAAUUAGACACCCGUCUCGACCAUCUGCCUAUCUAUCUACCUCCCUCCAUUCUUCCCCUGUCAAAUUUCUCUACCCAUGUUCGCGAAUAGACCCCGUCCGAUCAUCGGAAAGUUAUCCGCUUUAUUGCUUUCCGGUAACCACGCUGCCGGGUUUUCGGACAUGGGUUCAAGUCCAAGAGGCCCAUUAGACUUAAAAAUUCAAUCACCCCGAAGUCUAAAAUGUUAUGAUGUAGGCGGGGUUGGACUGGGAAUCGUUGCAGCACUGGAGAAGUGUAGCAGUAGUAGUAGUAGUAGUAGUAGUAGUAGUAGUUGCAGUGUUGGGGGUCAUGAAAUUUUGGCUAAAUUUGCUGUGUGUAGUCCUUCAAGCUUCAAUAAAUCCAGCCCGAUUCCAGUUAGUUCAGGUGGAAAUUGUGCCAGAAGCAGUGGAGAUGAUAGAAUAAUUAAGGAAUCGCCGCCGAGAGUGGUGGUGGAAGAGAUAUCAGUUUACCCCACUUCGUAUUUUAUGAGUUCAUGUAACUUGUGCAGGAAAAAACUCCAUGGCCAAGAUAUAUACAUGUACAGAGGAGAAAAGGCAUUUUGUAGCAGCGAGUGUCGAUCAAGGCAAAUAAUGAUGGAUGAAAAAAAUGAAGAAUGCAGAACGGAGGUUUCAACUUCAAGGUCGGCGGAUAUGUCAAGUUCACCUUACACAAGAGAUCAAAUUUUCUCAACUGGAAUUUUUGCAAUUUAGACUCUGUAUGAUACACGUUUUGGCUGCAAGGCAAUCAACUUAAUUAUACGAGAAGCAA